AUGCAACAUCAUCAAAGGACCACGAAGCACAGGGACGCCAUCCGCAACCAAGAGCUGGCGUUGGCGAAAGCGACCGGGCAGCAUCGCAUCCCCGAUUGCUCAAAAGCGCGUGACGUGGAGCACGAUGCUAUGGAGGUGCUGCUGGACACUAUGCUCUUCAUUCCAAAGACCGACGCACCCAUAGAGAUGUGGCCUUCUUGCACUUGUCAAACGCCCACCCGGAUGGUGAGAAGGCGAUUAUGGUGGAAUACCGUUGCUGGGCAGAGAAAAGAAGAAGAAGAAGAAGAAGAAGAAGAAGAAGAAGAAGAAGAAGAAGAAGAAGAAGAAGAAGAAGAAGAAGAAGAAGAAGAAGAAGAAGAAGAAGAAGAAGAAGAAGAAGAAGAAGAAGAAGAAGAAGAAGAAGAAGAAGAAGAAGAAGAAGAAGAAGAAGAAGAAGAAGAAGAAGAAGAAGAAGAAGAAGAAGAAGAAGAAGAAGAAGAAGAAGAAGAAGAAGAAGAAAGAAGAAGAAGAAGAAAGAAGAAGAAGAAGAAGAAGAAGAAGAAGAAGAAGAAGAAGAAGAAGAAGAAGAAGAAGAAGAAGAAGAAGAAGAAGAAGAAGAAGAAGAAGAAGAAGAAGAAGAAGAAGAAGAAGAAGAAGAAGAAGAAGAAGAAGAAGAAGAAGAAGAAGAAGAAGAAGAAGAAGAAGAAGAAGAAGAAGAAGAAGAAGAAGAAGAAGAAGAAGAAGAAGAAGAAGAAGAAGAAGAAGAAGAAGAAGAAGAAGAAGAAGAAGAAGAAGAAGAAGAAGAAGAAGAAGAAGAAGAAAGAAGAAGAAGAAGAAGAAGAAAGAAGAAGAAGAAGAAGAAAGAAGAAGAAGAAGAAGAAGAUGUAA